AUGGGUGAAGUUCCUCUCGUGUCUGCUAAUCUUGCGACUGUGUCCAUCGAGAGUUUCUUCUAUGGCAUCUUCUUCGUACUCUUCUGUAGCUCCACAUAUCUCAUGGUGCAGCGCCAGCGUCAGCUCAACUCGACAGGCUCCUCUUCGAAGCCUAUCUACAAGUCCCCCUUAUUUAUUGCAGGACUUGCGAUGUUCACCUGCGUUACCGCGCACUGGAUACUGACAGUCUAUCGCUCGUUUCAAGCCUUCAUUUAUUUUGAAAACGGAACGCUCCCUAUUGCAUACUAUGGGAACCUGGCGAACACGGCUGAAGUAGUUAAGACCGCAUUCCUUGUGACUGCUUUACUGAUCGGCGACGCAGUAAUGAUCUACCGCCUAUGGAUAGUUUGGAACUACAACAAAUACGUGAUCAUAUUUCCGUUGUGCACGUUCCUUGCGAACGUCGCAUGUUGUAUCGCUGUUGUAUAUCAAUUCACGCAGUAUCGUUUCGGGCAAAACGUCUUUGAUUCUUCCAUGGGUCGUUGGAUCACGACGGAUUGCGUGUUUACACUGUGCACAAACCUCUCGGCUUCUUGCUUAAUUGCUUGGAGGCUAUGGCGUGCGGACCAUCUCGUCAAGCGUUACGGCAACGGAAACCUCAUGUGGGUUUUCUCUAUCUUCAUCGAGAGCGCUGUCCUUUACGUAGGAUGGACGAUCUUCUACUUCGCGGUCUACGAAUCACGAACAAAUCUAGAAUUCACCAUCAUAGACACGUGGGCCCCGGUUUCUGGCAUAGCUUUCAUGCUCAUCAACGUUCGCGUCGGAACAGGCAGGGCAAGAGAGGCGCAUGGGUCUGCUAGUACCUUUUCUGCAGGCAAGGUAUCAGCACAGCCGCGCGCUGAUCCCGUGGGGUCAUUCCCCAUGACGCCCCUUGCAGUCAAUGUCACGCGCGUUGUGAACAGCGAUCUGGAGGACGACUUUGUGAUGUCGGAUAAAAAGUUUGCAGCAAUUAGGGGGAGUGCUGAUCACCAUAGGUCAGACUCACCUGUCUGA